CGGGCCGACCACGAUAACAUUCGCCUUGGAUGCUGCUCUUUCAUAGUACUUUUUAACGUUGAUUCUUAAAGUGCGCAACGGUAGCAACGGUCACACAACACAGUUAUUGACACAACAAAAUCAGCAUUAAUUUAAUGUUUUUUUUUCGCAUUUGAAGUAUUCAUUUAAUUAAUAAAUAUGAGUUUCCUGAAAGCAUCGGCAAUGUCAAGGCACUGCAUUUUUCUUAGAGGUUUUGCAUAUCCUAGAAAUUAUGCUACCCUGGCGGAACCUGCAGCCCCAGCUGUUAAAACGCAAACAAUACCAGGUCCUAAAUCACUGGAAUUGAAGGGUAAAUUGAGCGCUGUACAAAAUGCCGAAACUGUUCAGCUUUUCGCUGACUUUGAAAAAUCUAUUGGAAACUAUCUGGUUGAUGUCGAUGGCAAUGCUUUGCUCGAUGUCUAUACACAAAUUUCAUCAAUGCCAUUGGGUUACAAUCAUCCCCGCCUCUUGAAUGUCUUCCAAAAUGAUAAAAAUUUAAAAACUUUAAUCAACCGUCCAGCUUUGGGAGUUUUCCCUGGGAAAGAAUGGCCUGACCAUUUAAAAUCCAUUCUUAACAAAAUUUCACCUAAGGGCCUUAGUAAUUUGACAACUAUGAUGUGUGGAUCAUGCUCGAAUGAAAAUGCAUACAAAAAUAUUUUUAUUUGGUACCGUCGCCAUCAGCGUGGAGAGAAUGUCCACUUCUCAGAGGCCGAAAAGUUGUCUUGCAUGAUUAAUCAACAGCCAGGCUCGCCGCCAUUAAGCAUCCUCUCCUUCAAGGGCGCAUUCCAUGGGCGUACUUUGGGCGCACUCUCAACCACACACUCUAAGUAUAUACAUAAAAUCGAUGUACCUUCAUUUGAUUGGCCAAUUGCAUCUUUUCCCGAAUAUAAAUAUCCGCUCGCGGAAAACGAACGUCAUAACAAGAAAGAAGACGAUCGUUGUUUGGCCGAAGUUGAAGAUCUAAUUGUACAGUACAACAAAAAAGGUAUACCGGUGGCAGGCAUUGUAGUUGAACCCAUACAGAGCGAAGGCGGUGAUAACGAGGCAUCACCAGAAUUCUUUCAAGGACUGCAGAAAAUCGGCAAACGCCAUGGUACUGCCUUACUGAUCGAUGAGGUACAAACCGGUGGCGGUUGUACUGGUAAAUUUUGGUGUCACGAACAUUUCAACUUGGAUGGACCUCCCGAUGUGGUGACUUUCAGCAAAAAAAUGCAAUUGGGUGGUUACUUCCACAAGAAAGAGUUCCAACCGUUAGAAGGUUAUCGUGUCUUCAACACCUGGAUGGGUGAGCCUAGCAAAUUGUUGCUGUUGGAAGAAGUAAUCAACGUAAUUAACGAAGAUAAUUUGCUGAAGAAUGUCAACGCUGCCGGUAAGGUGCUUAAGGAUGGUCUUUUAUCUUUGGAAAAAGAAUUUUCACAUAUCCUAAAUUCGACAAGAGGACGCGGCACAUUUUUAGCGGUGAAUUGCCAACACAGCAAAGCUCGCGAUGAUUUCGUUGGACGUCUCAAACUUAAGGGUAUACAGACUGGUGGCUGCGGCGAACUCUCGAUUCGAUUCAGACCUGCUUUGAUAUUCCAGGAGAAACACGCACACAUUGUUUUGGAUGCCUUCAGAAGCGUAUUAAAAGAAUUGUAAUUCGAUAGGAAAGCUACCACAAUUGCAUCAGUUAUUUCCUCUCUUUGCAUUUAGCACCAAAUACAUACAUACAUACAUAUGCAGAUAAUAACGGAUUAAGUCAUUUUAUAGCGCUAAAGUGGAAUAUGCCCAUAAGUAUUUGAAUACUGAGUAUAAUUUAUCUUAUCAAUUUUAUAUGAUGAAAUUGUUAGAAUUUAUUAUGACAAAGCGUUUUUAUUUUUGAAAGAUAAUUAAUAGAAUAUCCUACUAAUACACAAAUAUUGAAUUGUGCUCUGAAAAUUUUCUUCCAAUAAAUAACGAAAUGUACAUAUUUACCAAAUACAAAA